AUGUCAAGAGUCUUUUUUAGACGAUUCGCUACAAAACCUCAGGCAAAACCUCAAGCUAAGCCCCAGGCUAAGCCUCAGGCUAGACCAACAGCCGCUACAGAAUUCCGACAUGACUAUACAGUCACCCCAGAUAUGUACUCGUAUACAACAGAUCUCAACCGUGAGACUUUUGAGCGCCUCCCCCUACUCACAGCAAAGCGCCAGGCGCGCAAUGCUGAGCGCCCACGCAAUGCCAGACUCUUGACUCGUGACUUUAUUGAUGACUCGCUUUAUCACCCUCGAUAUGGUUACUUUUCUAAAGAAGUCCGUAUUUUUACUCCGGAAAAACCCUUUGACUAUCAUGAAAUCAAAGAUGUAGAUGACUUUAUGGACAAGUGGACUGGUGAAUAUAAACGAUACGAAGACAAGGAACGCAACACCCAAUUAUGGCAUACCCCAACUGAACUCUUUAGACCACACUAUGGUGAGGCUCUUGCGCGGUAUCUUUUGGUUAAUUAUAUGCUUUCUCUUUACCCAUAUGCCGACUUGACCAUUUAUGAAAUGGGUGGUGGUAAUGGUACAUUAAUGGUCAACAUUAUGGACUUUAUCCGUAAAACAAGACCAGAAGUUUAUGAACGAACCCGUUAUAAAAUCAUUGAAAUUUCAGGGAACCUUGCUAGCAAACAAAAUGAAAGUUUGGGUAGCCGAGCAGCUGCUACAGGACAUCAAGACAAGGUUGAAAUCAUCAACAAGUCAAUUUUUGAGUGGACUGCAGAGGUCCCAGAACCAUGUUUUUUCAUUGCCCUUGAGGUUUUUGAUAAUUUUGCUCAUGAUGUGAUUCGUUACGACAAUGAAACAAGUAGACCGUAUCAAGGGUAUGUUGUUGUGGACGGCAACGGUGAUUUUACUGAAGUUUACUCUGCGGAUCUUGAUCCUGUAGCUGAGCGCUUUUUGCGACUCCGAGAUGAGCUUGGGGGUCUUCCUAACCCAGUUACUUCACCUCUUGGGUUCCACCCAUUGGCUCAACCCAAGGCAUACCGACGUUUGAAAAACAUGCUUUGGCCAUUCCGUGAGAAUUUGUCCCCCCCAGAAUAUAUCCCCACGAGGUACCUUGAAUUUUUAGAUAUUCUGCGGCGAUAUUUCCCCGAGCAUCGUCUACUGACUUCUGAUUUUACUCAUCUCCCAGAUGCCAGUCCUGGCUAUUGUGCUCCUGUAGUGCAAACAGUUUUGGAUGGUAAGAUGGUACCUGUGCCAACUUAUAUGGUAUUGCAAGGGUAUUUUGAUAUUUUGUUUCCCACAGACUUUGAAAUGGCAAGUAUGUUAUAUCGCAAAGUGUGUAACAAACUUAUCAAUAGAGCGUCUCAUCGUGAUUUCCUUGAGCAAUGGGCUGAGCUUGAUGCGACAACUACUCGUGCAGGUGAAAACCCCAUGCUAUCGUUUUAUCAAAAUGCCGCCUUUAUGUAUAGUUAA